UCAUGAACCAAACGGAAACCAAAACAUCUGGUGGUGGGAUAUUCCAAGGUUGAAGAGUGUAUAUCUACUCCGAGGAAAUGUCAGGAUCUCUUCUCAGUUAGUUCAAAGGUAAGCGUAUAGGUAUUCAAUCUCAUAAUAUCACCCUACCUACCUACCUAAUUGAAUAGGUACCGAUUUAAGGAUCAGGGGACCUUAUACAGCAAUACCAGGUGUCGAAUAUAUCCGAGUCGGGACGAAUUCGGUAGAAAAAUCAUGAACACGUCCGAAUUACACGAAAUCGCGGGUGCUUUGCGCACAGCCCGAAUCAAUCGAAGUCCUAUCCCCCCUCCAUCCAAAACCUACCCAUCCUUAGAUGUGAAGGGAGCCUUCGAAGUCCAAAGGAUUACAGUCCAGAAUGCCAUCAGUAAGGAUGGCGACCGUCUAGUAGGAUACAAGUUGGGAAAUAUCGCGAAGGUUAUGCAAGAUGCAUUCGGCCUCGACCAGCCUGACUAUGGAUUCCUUCUCGCUAGUCUCUUCGUCUACCAAGGCACCAAGAUCUCAUUAGACAAACUGAUCAAGCCUUACGUCGAAUUAGAGCCAGCAUUUGUGCUAAAGAAACCUCUGCGAGGUCCCAACGUCACAGCAGCCGAUGUCAUUAGCGCCGUCGACUACACCAUCCCGGCGGUCGAAAUAAUCGACUCCCGAGUCCAGGAUUGGGCCAUCGGACUCGAAGACACCCUCGCCGAUAACGGGUCAACCGGCGCGGUGAUUCUCGGGGGAACCCCGCGACGGCUCACAGACCUCGACCUGAGCAACACCAAAGGCAUACUGAAGUUCAACGGACGGGAGAUCAUAACGGGCAAUACGGGAAACAUUCUUGGAAAUCCGAUAUCCGCAACCGCGUGGCUUGUGAACCGACUUGCCGAGUUCGACGUUGAAUUUCUGCCUGGGCAGGUAAUCAUGCCAGGUAGUUGUUUACAGGCUAUGCCGAUGGAAGAGGCCGGGCAUUGGUCAUGCGAGUUUGAAGGUUGGGGGGCGGUUGAAUUCGAUGUGGUUGCGAAUGGGUCUUCGAAGUUAUGA